AUGCGCUACUGUGGCAUUGUCACCCCAUAUGAAGGCGUGCGUAUUUAUACCAGAUGUGCUAUGGGGAUGCCAGGAUCAGAGACUGCUCUAGAAGAGCUAAUGUGCAGAAUCCUAGGUGAUCAUCUACAAGCAAGAUAUGUGUCAAAAUUAGCUGACGACCUGUAUUGUGGCGGAAACACCCCUGAAGAACUUCUACAACACUGGGUCAACAUAAUGACAGCUCUUGAUGCCUGCGGUCUGAAGUUAUCAGCAACCAAGACAAUAAUCUGCCAACGUUCCACUACAAUAUUAGGAUGGAUCUGGACACAAGGCCGCCUCUCAGCAAGCCCUCAUAAGGUCUUUGUUUUGGCUACAUGCAAACUGCCAGAUUCUGUCCAUAGUCUCCGCUCAUUUAUUGGGGCCUACAAGAUGUUAUCCCGUGUCUUACCUGGUUGUGCACAUGCCAUCUCCCCACUGGAGAAUGCUAUCAGUGGUCUUCAUUCAAAAGACAAAGUAAAGUGGUCUGAGGAGUCGAUAGAACACUUCCGCACAGCCCAGACAAAACUUAAAGAUUCCAAAGAAAUCUACCUUCCAACCAGAGAUGACCAUUUAUGGAUCAUUACAGAUGGCUCUGUAAGCAAGCACGGAAUUGGAGCAACACUAUACUUGAUGCGCAAAAAUAAAAUUCACCUAGCUGAAUUCUUCAGUGCAAAGUUACGGAAGCACCACGUGACAUGGCUUCCUUGCGAAAUCGAAGCUCUGUGCAUAUCUGCGGCCAUAAAACAUUUCAGCCCUUACAUCAUCCAGUCAGCCCACAAAACAUGCGUCCUUACAGACAGCAAACCAUGUGUACAGGCUAUACAAAAGCUUUGCCGCGGCAAGUUCUCUUCAAGCCCUCGAGUGACAUCCUCCCUCUCUACAGUUAGCCGUUACCAGGUCGACCUUCAACACCUCGCAGGUUCCGCAAAUAUUCCAUCUGACUUCGCCAGCAGAAAUGCAGCAGAAUGGGAAAAUCCAUCAUGCCAAAUAUGCAAUUUCAUUAUACAAAUGGAGGACUCGGUUGUGCGUGUAGCUAAAGCCAAAGACCAAGGUACCGAUAAAAUGGAAACCUUGCCCUUACCUUUUACAACAAGGUCAGCAUGGAUCAAUAUUCAAGCAGUGUGCCUGGACCUAAGACGAACCAGACCCUCCAAAAAACUCACAAAUAUCCGAGACGUCAAGCGAUAUUUGAACAUAGCUACCAUUGCAAGAGAUGGAUUACUUGUGGCACGCAGGUCUGAUCCUCCACAGCCACCAACUGAGCUCAUCAUAGUCCCACGCAGUGUCCUUGAUGGCCUUGUAACUGCCCUUCACAUUCGUUUGGAUCAUCCUACAAAACACCAAAUGUUGUUGGUCAUAAAGUGCAACUUCUAUGCAUUGGACUUGUCUCAAUCAGUAGACCGUGUAUGUGACUCUUGCCAUACCUGCGCUUCACUCAAAAAAUUGUGA